CUACUUUUUUUUUUUUUUUCUAAAAUGCAUUUCAAUGCUAUAAAUUUUCCUCUAACCACUACUUUCACUGCAACCCACAACUCUGGCUGAGUUUACUUUAAUUUUUACGUAUGAUAAAACAUUUUUUUAAAUAUUUUUUUUAUUAUGAAGUAAGUUCUACACCCACUACAGGGCUUGAAAUCAUGACCCUGAGAUCAAGAUUUGGAGGCUCUACCAAAUGAGUCAGCCAGACGCCCCUAAAAUAUUUUUAAAUUCUUUUUGAGACUUACUCUUUGACUCAUGUACAAUUUAGAAGUAUAUUGUUUAAUCUCUAAAUAUGUUGGGAUUUUCCAGCAAUCUUUGUUAUUUCUAGUUUAAUUACCUUGUGGUCUAAGGGCAAACUUUGUAUGAUGUCUAUUCUUUUAAAUUUGUUAAGGUGUGUUUUAUGACCCAGAAUGUGGUCUAUCUUGGCAAAUGCUUCGUGUAAACUUGAGAAGAAUGUGUAUUUAGCUGUUGUUGGAUGAAGUGUGCUAAAAAUGUUGAUUAUACUCAGUUGAUUGAUGGUGCUCUUUGAUUCUACUCUAUCCUUACUGAUUUUUUUGCUUGUUGCAUCUGUCAAGUACUGAUAGGUAUUGAAGUCUCAAACUCUAAUAGCAGAUAUAUCUCUUUCUCCUUGCAGCUCUCUCAGUUUUUGCCUCACAUAUCUUGAAGCUCACUAAUUCUUCCUUCAGCAAGGUCCAGUCUACUAAUGAGCCCAUCAAAAGCAUUCUUCAUUUCUAUUACUAUGCUUUUUAUUUCUCGCAUUUUGUUUUGAUUCUUUCUUAGGAUAUCCAGCUCUUUGCUUACAUUACUCAUCAGUUUUUCCAUAUUAUCCACUCUUUUCUUUAGAGCCCUUAGUAUAUUUACUAUUUUAACUUCCUUGUCUCAUAAUUCCAAAAUCUUUGCCAUGUCUGAAUCUGGUUCUAAUGCUUGCUUUGUCUCUUAAGGCUGGUUUUUGUCUGUUAGCAAACCUUGUAAUUUUUUGUUGAAAGCUGGACAUGAUAUACCAGGUAUAAACCUUUACUGUGAGGUUUUAUGUUUACUGCUAGGAGUUGGGCUAUAUUUAAUGUUUGCUUUGCUUUGGUGUCAGAGGCUAAAAUUUCACCUAGGGUCCUUGUUUUUGUCUCCCUUAUUGUCUUUCAUUAUUCCUAGAAGAGGAAUUUAAGAAUAGAGUUUGAGGAUUUCAGUUCUUUUAGCUUUAAUCUCCUAUUAUUAUGCAGGAGCCCUACUGAUGAGGUGGCAAAGUGUGGGAGAAGUGUUCUAUAAUCCCAUAAUAAGUCUCAGUCUUUUAGUGAGCUUGAGCUGGGUAUUUCCUUUCCCCCCAAGUCAAAGGCUAGAGGAGGCUAGAGUUAGGUAUUUCCCUUCCCCCUGGUAGGUUAGGCUUUGGUAAAAACCCAGUCAGUUAGGCUCUGGUAAUAGGUUUCCUUGAGGGAGAACUCUGUUAAGGAGAACUGAGAGCUCUUUAGCACUUUAAAAAUGAUUAUUUCCCCCUCCCCCUGGAGGAAUUUCCCUUUGAUCCUUAAAGUGAAAACUUGGUUUAGCUGUUAGAGGUAAUAUUCAGGAAGUGUAAGGGCCUUCCUAAUCCUGGGCCCCUUAGGAGUUCUUAACUCUCAAACUAGUCUGCAAUGAAUUUUCCAACAAUUUGUUAGUUACGGUUUAAAGUUUUCUUACUAAUACUGGCUCCAGCUGCUGGCUUUUGCUCCUAGGCUUCUGCUCCCUGUUAUCUGUGAUUCUCUGUCGGUCUCAGUUUUCAGGGCAGCCAGUUUGCCCUGUGACCUCAGUUCUCUACUACGUCUAAGAACAGUUGCUGAUUUCAAUUUUUUCAGCUUUUUUCUUGUUGUGAGUUUGGCAGUGACAACUUCCAAGCUCUUUACCUGUCAGAUAAGAAUCAGAAGUCACCAAUGUGGAUUCAGUGUUAACCAUUUAUGAACUGUGUGAUAAUGAGCCUCAUUUUCCCAUUGUGAAUAAUAAUACCUACUUUGCAAAGUUGAAGAGAUUUGGGGUUUGCAGGAAAACCACUUAGCAUGGUAUAGGAAUUUAAUGAGUGGUUGCUUUAUUAUUCAUUGAUGGCAAACUUUUCUGAGGAACUAGGCAUAUUCCAAAUAGUGAUCUAUUCUGCAUGAAGGAUUAGCAACCUUUCACUAUGGUUAAACUAAGCCUUUAUUUACUCACUUCUGCUUUCACCAGAAAACUGAAACUCAGUUCAGGUUCAGUUUUCAGUAUCUUCUAACAUUCAUUUUAUAUUAUCAUUCAGAAAAGUCAUUUUUCUGAAUGACGAGUAUAUUAAAGCUUCGUUCAUUUCACACUUAUAAAUUACUUUCUUGAUCCUCUUGUUUUAUAUCUGCAGCAGCAAAUCACCUGUACCUGAAAGUUCACCGGACUUAGAAAUGGAAAAAAUGAGAUUGAGUCCUAAUCCAUCAUUAAUUCGCUGAAUGAUUUGGGGCAAGUCAUUUACACACUUGAGUAUCAGUUUCUUCAAACCACAAACUAUGUGAAAUAGAUAAUCAAAAACCCCUUUCAGGACUAAAUUUCAAUCUCUCUCUCUCUCUCUUUUUAAAAUGUGAUCUCUGGCCCAACGUGGCCUCAAAUUUAUGACCCCAAGAUCAAGAGUCACACACUCUUCCAACUGAGUCACCCAGGCACCCAUCAAUUUCAAUCUUCUAAUCACUGAUCAACAUUAACUACUAACAAUUUUCAUUUAUUGAUUUAUUAAAAAUUUAUUUAUGAGCUCUUGGGUAUAUUACACAGUAUUAGCCACAAGGCAUUAAGAUGGAAGUAGAAACCUAAAAAAAAAAAAAGUACAACAAAAUAAACAUAAAGCUUAUAGUCUAGUUAGGAGUUAGGCAUUAUGCCAAUAAAUCACACAAGUAAAUAAUUAUACAUUGUGGUAGGUUCUAUGAAGGAAACUACAGUGUUGGUGAAUAGUGAGCCCUAGAGGGACUGAUUUUUUGGAAGAUCAAGAAAUAUUUUUCCGAGAAGUGAUAUUAACCAAUGGCCAGGUAAAGAAAGGGUAGGGAGUCAGAGCAUUCCUGGAACUGAAGAAACCUCACCCCUUGUAAGUAGGGCCAGCCCUAACCCAGAGGCAGCCCAUCCAGUCUUCUUCCUGAAAUUUUAGCAACUAAAAGCAUUCUGUUUACAAUAAGAAAACCGUCCCCCCACACACACACCCUGAUUGGAAUGUCCCUGAAUAGGUUCACGUUGACCCUCCCUGAAAUCAACCUGGAUGCCAUGCGACUCCCGCGGUUCUUUUGUCUUUAGGCAGUUUCUUUCCUUUUGCCUUUUAAAAGAUCCCUGUAAUUGCUAAUCGGGCUCUUUUCCUCCUCGGAGGCGGAGAGCCCGUUUGCGCAAACGUUCAAUAAACCCUCUUGCUAACUGCAUCUGCCUGUCUGGGAUCUGGGUCUCUGGGGCGUCCACCGGGCCACGUUGGCACCCGUGAGCCAGGGUCCAACAUUUGGGGGCUCGUCCGGGAUCUGAGACGCCCCAGACUCAAUCCUAAGACCGGUAGGAGGUAAGACCGAGCUCGCUAAAUGUCCUAUCUGUCUCGUCCAUUUGUCUGACUGGCCGGGUCUGUUUUGUGCCGGGUCUGUAUUGUGCCUGCAGGACGCUGUACUCUGUAUUCUGUAUUUGGACCAGCGGGGGAGGCAGACGUACCCGAGACCCCUGGUCCCCCUCCGGAGUCGGACUCCGGAGUGGUCUGGAAGAGGAACGGAGCCCCGGCACUCCCUCCUCUUCGGGGAGGGUCGUGGUUCGCGACCGCUCCCGUCUGAAUCUGCCGCGCCAGUCCUGUCGUUCGUGUGCGUCUGUUCGUUCCGUGUUUUUCUUCCUUUCCUGUCCUCCUCCUCACCGCUCACCCCUUCUCUACACCCAUGGGGCAGACUGUAACCACCCCUUUAAGCCUCACUCUAGGUCACUGGAAAGAAGUCGCCGGCCGGGCACACAAUCUUUCGGUCGAGGUCAGAAGACGAAGAUGGGUCACCUUCUGCUCCUCAGAGUGGCCGGCUUUCAACGUCGGGUGGCCCAGGAACGGAACUUUUAAUAUUGACAUUAUCUUGCAGGUGAAGGCCCUGGUCUUCCAGCCAGGACACAAUGGACACCUCGAUCAGGUGCCGUACAUCAUAGUAUGGGAGGAUCUCGCUAAGAAUCCACCCCCCUGGAUAAAAUGCUUUAUCCCUUCUCAAGGGGGACCGAGCCCGAGACCCUCACUCCCUCCCUGCCACACUCCCCCAAUUCCCCGUCCCUCCUCUCCCUCCACCCUUUGCCCCCUAAAAUUUCCUGAAUCAAAACCUAAGGAGCCGCCUGUGCUCCCAGGGGACCAGGACAGUCUCCUUCUCUUGGACUCCUCCCCUCCCCCUUAUGCCCAACCCCCAACGCCCCGCUCGGAGGCCCCUACCUCUCCCUCCGCUCCCUCAGCUCCGUCCCCCGACUCUACGGGGGCAGAGGGGCAACCCCUCGCUUCACCCCCGCUCGCCAGUCGCCUCCGCUUUCGGCGAGAGCGCGGGGGAGAGUCGGAAGACGUCUGGACCUCCCAGGCAUUUCCCCUCCGGUCAGUAGGCGGCCAGAUGCAAUAUUGGCCGUUCUCUGCCUCUGACCUUUACAACUGGAAAACCCAUAACCCCUCCUUCUCCCAAGACCCCCAGGCGCUAACCGGAUUAAUUGAGUCAAUUCUGUUGACCCACCAGCCGACCCGGGAUGACCGCCAACAGCUCCUGCAGACUCUCCUCACCACGGAGGAGAGACAGCGCGUGUACCUCGAAGUUCGGAAAAACGUCCCGGGGGCGGAUGGGAGGCCGACCCAGCUCAAUGGGAUGGGCCGACCCAUCCCAAUCCUAAUGGCCGACCCAGCUCAUUGGGAUGGGCCGACCCAUCCCAAUCCUAAUGAGAUUGAGGAUGUUUUCCCCUUGGUUCGCCCGACCUGGGACUACGACACUGUUGCUGGUAGGGAGCGGCUCCGUCUCUAUCGCCAGGUACUCCUAGCGGGUCUCAAAGGGGCAGGGCGUCGCCCCACCAAUUUGGCAAAGGUACGUGCUAUAGUGCAGGGAAAAGAGGAGACGCCGGCAGGUUUUCUGGAGAGGUUAAUAGAAGGCUACCGCAUGUAUACUCCCUUUGACCCCUUGGCUGAAGACCGCCAACCAGAUGUAAUUAUGUCCUUCAUUGGACAGUCGGCCUCGGAUAUUCGUAAUAAGUUACAACGGUUGGAGGGACUUCAGGGGUACACCUUACAGGACUUAGUGAAAGAGGCAGAGAAGGUUUUUAACAAGCGAGAAACUCUAGAGGAAAGGGAGGAAAGGAUCCGUAAAGAGCAAGAGGAACGGGAGGAUAAGAGAGAUAAAAGACGUAAUAAAGAGCUGACUAGGAUACUGGCCACCGUAGUACAGGGCUCAGGGCAGAGUAAGUCAGGACAGAGUAGGGACCUGGGAGACAAAAGAGGACCACGGGUUGAACGAGACCAGUGUGCCUACUGGAAGGAAGGACAUUGGGUUAAAGAUUGCCCAAGGAAGGGCCAAACGCAGGGACCUAAAAAGAAGCCCAUUCCUGUUUUGUCCCUAGAAGAUGAAGAUUAGGGGUGUCAGGGCCAGGAACCCCCUGAGCCUCGGAUAACCCUUAAAGUGGGGGGACAGCCGGUGACCUUCCUGGUCGAUACGGGAGCUCAACAUUCAGUUUUAACUGAGGCAAAAGGACCCUUGAGCUCUAAAACGUCUUGGGUUCAGGGGGCAACUGGAGGCAAGUUAUAUCGAUGGACAACCGAACGGAAGGUCCACCUGAGCACUGGGCAAGUAACGCAUUCCUUCUUACUGGUCCCAGACUGCCCUUACCCUCUCUUAGGCAGAGACCUUCUUUCAAAAGUAGGGGCCCAGAUACAUUUUCAGCAAAAAGGGGCCACUAUUACUGGCGCGGGAGGGCAGCCCCUCCAGGUACUGACCUUGCGCCUAGAGGAUGAACACCGGCUGCACGAGGACUCUCCACCGUCCGUGCAGCCCCUAGAUUCUGAAUGGCUCACUAACUACCCUCAGGCCUGGGUGGAAACGGCCGGAAUGGGACUAGCUGUAAACCAGCCGCCCAUAAUUAUAAACUUAAAACCCUUGGCCACCCCCAUAUCGAUCCGGCAAUAUUCAAUGAGCAAAGAGGCCAAAGAAGGCAUUCGGCCACAUAUACAGAGACUAUUACAAUUGGGCAUUUUAAUACCUUGCCAGUCGCCCUGGAAUACUCCUCUAUUACCCGUAAAAAAACCCGGCACAGGAGAUUACCGGCCGGUACAAGAUUUACGAGAGGUUAACUGGAGGACAGAGGACAUACAUCCCACGGUGCCGAAUCCCUACAACUUGCUCAGCACCUUACCCCCAAGCCAUGUCUGGUAUACGGUGUUAGAUCUAAAAGAUGCAUUCUUUUGCCUGAGGUUAAGCUCUCAAAGCCAGCCUAUUUUUGCUUUUGAAUGGAAAGAUCCUGAGACGGGAUUCUCAGGACAACUCACUUGGACAAGGCUGCCACAGGGAUUCAAAAACUCCCCUACUUUGUUCGAUGAGGCCUUGCAACGGGAUUUGGCAGAUUUCCGAGUUGGCCAUCCGGACCUCGUCCUUCUGCAGUACGUGGAUGAUUUGCUCCUGGCGGCUAGGACAGAACAGGAUUGUGUAAAAGGUACGGGGGCCCUGCUUGAGACACUGGGAGAACUGGGGUAUAGGGCCUCCGCCAAAAAGGCCCAAAUAGGCCAGAGACAAGUGACCUAUCUGGGAUAUCUCCUGGAAGGAGGCCAGAGGUGGCAGACGGAGAGCCGCAAAAAGGCUGUAGCCCUGAUCCCAGCACCCACUAAUGCCAAAGGACUACGAGAGUUCCUCGGCAGUGCUGGGUUCUGCCGCCUCUGGAUACCCGGGUUUGCGGAGAUGGCGGCUCCCCUAUAUCCUCUCACGAAAUCCAACACCCCCUACCACUGGGGAAAGGAGCAGCAAUUGGCUUUUGACAAAAUAAAAAGGACCUUAUUGACCGCCCCUGCCCUGAGCCUCCCAGAUGUAACCAAGCCUUUUACACUAUAUGUUGAUGAACAUAAUGGAAUAGCCAAAGGGGUCCUAACUCAAAAACUGGGACCCUGGAAAAGGCCCGUGGCAUACUUUUCAAAAAAAUUAGACAGCGUGGCUGCAGGAUGGCCCCCAUGUCUCCGAAUAAUAGCGGCUGUGGCAGUCCUGGUAAAAGACUCAGACAAGUUGUCUUUCGGCCCCCUCACUGUGGUGGCCCCCCACGCCAUAGAGACAGUCAUCCGCCAGCCCCCUGAUCGAUGGCUCUCAAACGCCCGGGUCACCCAUUAUCAGGCCAUGUCACUGAAUUCUGAGCGGAUACGGUUUGGAACGGCUACAUCUCUAAACCCGGCCACCUUGCUUCCAGAAACCGAGUCCCCCUCCCUAGUAAUGCAUGAUUGCCACCAGAUCCUAGCUGAAGUCCAUAGCACCAGAGGGGACUUGACGGACCAGCCUUUGCCAGAUGCUGAAGCAACCUGGUACACCGAUGGGAGUAGCUUUCUACGAAAUGGUGAGCGUAAAGCCGGGGCGGCCGUGGUAGAUGGGAAAGCUGUCAUUUGGGCCAGUGCCUUAGAGCCUGGGACUUCAGCUCAAAGGGCAGAGCUUAUAGCCCUAACUCAGGCCCUAAGAAAGGCUAAGGACAAAAAGGUCAACAUUUAUACUGACAGCAGAUAUGCUUUUGCAACUGCCCAUGUUCAUGGAGAAAUAUACCGUAGAAGGGGUCUCCUAACCUCAGCAGGUAAAAACAUCAAAAACAGAGAAGAAAUACAAGAUCUUCUCCAUUCCCUCUUUCUGCCGAGAAAACUGAGUAUAAUUCACUGUCCUGGGCAUCAGCGAGGCAAUGACCCAGUAGCAGAGGGGAACAGGAUGGCCGAUGAGACAGCACGGGCCGCUGCACUAGGCCCACAGGCCCUCUCCCUACAAGUACCAGAGGCUGUCCGGACACCGGGGCAACUCUCUCUCGAGUACUCAGACAGCGACCUAGAUAUCAUCCAGCAAAUAGGGGCAAAAUAUGACGAGCAAAUGAAGGUCUGGAAACACCAAGGGAAGACGGUCCUGCCCCAGAAAAGGGCCAAAGAACUGGUGACUCACCUCCACCGAUGGACUCACCAGACACACAAAUUAAAAGCACUCCUCCGGAGAGAAGGUCAGACCUAUUACAUUCCCAAACUCCCCUCCCUGAUCCAACAGGUAACCGACGCUUGUGUACCUUGUGCUAAGGUAAAUACCAAACACCUCAAGAUGCCUGAGGGAACCAGGAGGGGAGAAAGACUCGGAACUAACUGGGAAGUAGACUUCACCGAAAUCAAGCCAGGUAAAUAUGGUAACAAGUACCUCCUAGUGUUUAUAGAUACCUUUUCAGGCUGGACAGAAGCAUUCCCCACCAAGCGAGAAACCACCCAGGUGGUUGUCAAGAAAAUCCUGGAAGAAAUUUUCCCCCGGUUUGGACUGCCCAAGGUAAUAGGGUCGGACAACGGCCCCGCCUUCGUCUCCCAGGUAAGUCAGUUGGUGGCCAGAUUACUGGGGAUAAAUUGGAAAUUACAUUGUGCAUACAGACCCCAGAGCUCAGGUCAGGUAGAAAGAAUGAAUAGAACAAUUAAAGAGACCCUAACUAAAUUGACAUUGGAGACUGGCACUAGAGACUGGGUCCAACACCUCCCUAUGGUUCUGUUCCGAGUCCGGAACACUCCCGCGUGCCAUGGGCUAACUCCUUACGAGAUUCUCUAUGGAGGUCCCCCACCAUUAACGGACUUACUAGAUUCUGCUAUUGACCCUCUUGCUAACACUCCCGGUUUACAGGACAGGCUAAAGGCGCUCCAGAUUAUCCAGCACCAGAUCUGGAAACCCCUUGCGGCUGUCUACACCCGCCCACACCCGUUCCAGAUCGGUGACUCCGUAGUCAGGAGACAUCAGUCCAGGACGCUUGAGCCCCGCUGGAAGGGCCCAUAUACUGUACUACUGACCACCCCAACCGCCUUAAAGGUAGACGGCAUUGCUGCUUGGGUCCACGCCUCACACGUCCAGCGCGCCCCAUCAACGAGCACCGCUGACGCCAGCCAGGACGGACCGGACGAGCCGCUCCAAAGGAAGCUCCACCGCACCCAAAACCCGCUCAAGAUAAGACUUUCAAAAAUUGUUCAAUGACAGUUGUUAUAUUCCUACCUCUCCUAGCGCUCUUCACCUCCGCCAAAGGUGACCCUCAUGCCCUCAAAAGGUUAACCUGGCAGGUACUAACGUCUGGGGGUGACGAGGUCUGGUCUAUAACUAAGACCGCCCCCGUGGGAACCUGGUGGCCUGACCUAUAUCCUGACCUAUGCAAGCUAACCAUAGGGGCCCCUAGCCCAUGGGACCUAGAGGGAUACUUCGACACCUCUAGAGCCCCUAACCAAGAAAGCCCUCCAGGGUGACUGGGAUUAGACCCAUGGGGAGGAUGUGGCACGCCUGACAGAAGGGCCAUGCUAAGCACUCUUCCCUUUUAUGUCUGUCCCGGGCACCACAGGGAUCGCAGGCUAAAUCCCACCUGUGGAGGAGGGGAAUAUUUCUAUUGUAAAAAUUGGGGGUGCGAAACUACUGGGGAUACAGAAUGGAGGCCCUCCUCCUCCUGGGAUUAUAUCACUGUCAAGGCUAACUAUACUCACCCGACAUUUAGCAAAUGGAAAACCCUUAAUUAUGGGCCCUGCCAAGGGUGGUGUCAUCCCCUACGGAUAUCCUUCACGGAGCCCGGAAAAAGGGCUACUUACUGGGCCAAUGGAUAUACGUGGGGACUCAGGUUAUACAAAGAAAGAACAGAUGAUGGUUUUAUAUUCAGAAUUAAACUAAAAAUAGAAUCCCCAGACCCCGUGGCGAUCGGGCCUAACGCGGUCCUCGGGGAACAAAGAGCUGCCCCGGCCCUAGCCGCAGGGAGCGCCGCACCCACUAACUUCGCGGUCACUCCAACCCCUCGGUCAUCACCCGAGACGGGACAACGACUGUUUAAUCUUAUCAUAGGGGCAUUCCUGGCCCUUAAUCGAACCAGCCCCGAUGUAACUAAAUCCUGCUGGCUCUGCCUUGCUUCCCCUCCCCCUUAUUAUGAGGGAAUUGCUACUUCAGGGAUCACUAGCACUCAGGGAUGCACACCCGACUCCCAACCACAAUUCACCCUUACAGAAGUUACAGGACAGGGAACCUGCAUAGGAACACCCCCCCCCCGGGGCUACCAGAGACUCUGCAACACUACCACCCCGAUUUUGGGGACUGAUUCUUACCUGGAGCCCCAGCCGGGAACUUGGUGGGCAUGCAACAAAGGCCUCACCCCCUGUGUGUCGGCUAAGGUUCUAAAUAGCUCAAACGACUUCUGUGUCAUGGUGCAGAUCAUACCCAGGGUGUUCUAUCACCCUGCUGAAACUCUAGAAAAUCAGUAUGAUAAACAUCCCACCCGUUUUCGGCGCGAACCUGUCUCCCUAACCUUAGCCGUUAUGUUGGGACUAGGGGUCGCUGCUGGGGUGGGUACUGGCGCAGCUGCUCUGAUCCAGGACUCACAACGUUAUAUAGAACUCCAAACAGCUGUAGAUGAGGAUCUACGGACACUAGCGCAGUCCGUUUCUAAGUUAGAACAGUCCCUCACCUCACUUUCAGAAGUAGCACUUCACAACAGGAGAGGCUUGGAUUGACUAUUCCUGAAAGAGGGAGGACUGUGUGCGGCCCUGGGAGAGGAAUGCUGUUUCUAUGCAGACCAUUCUGGAGUCAUCAGAGACUCCAUGGCCAAACUCAGGGAAAGGUCAAAUAAAAGACAAAGGGACCGGGAGGCCCAGCAGGGCUGGUUUGAAAGCUGGUUUAAUCAGUCUCCCUGGUUGACCACCCUAAUCUCUACCAUUAUGGGCCCUCUAGUUAUCCUGCUCCUGCUGCUAACUUUCGGCCCCUGCGUCCUCAACCGGCUGCUCCAGUUCAUCUGAGAAAGAUUGUCUAUUACCCAAGCUCUGGUAUUAACUCAGCAAUGUCGGGCCCUCCAAACUGAAGAAAUAAAUGUUCCCUAAGAUUUUAAGGUUAAAAUCAGCCCAAACAAGAGGAGGGAAUGAAGAAACCUCCCCCCUUGUAAGUAGGGCCAGCCCUAAUCCAGAGGCAGCCCAUCCAGGCGCCUUCCUGAAAUUUUAGCAACUAAAAGCAUUCUGUUUACAAUAAGAAAACCAUUUCCCCCACACACACCCUGAUUGGAAUGUCCCUGAAUAGGUUCAUGUUGACCCUCCCCGAAAUCAACCUGGAUGCCAUGCGACUCCCACGGUUCUUUUGUCUUUAGGCAGUUUCUUUCCUUUUGCCUUUUAAAAAAUACCUGUAAUUGCUAAUCGGGGCUCUUUUCCUCCUCUGAGGCGGAGAGCCCGUUUGCGCAAACAUUCAAUAAACCCUCUUGCUGAUUGCA